AUGGCAUGUUUUGUUUCGGCGAACCGCCGCGUGGACUCUGUGCCGGACCGAUUACGCGUUCGCUCAAACUCCGCCUUUGUCACCUCCGAAUUCAGGUUUCAGCGCGUCAGCAGCCACCGCAGCCGGCUCGCGUCGAUGCUGGGCGCUGCGGGUCUGCGCACCAGCAACAUGGGCUCCAGACCAAACACGGCCCCAGCGCCACACACGUCCCUCACGUCCAGAUUACGACACAGCAACAGCCCGCUCUGA